AUGGAUUUACACGAACGCUAUAUGCGUAUUUCAACAAUAGAUUUCUCGAUUUUAGAAUUAUUAGAAAUUGCAUUUAAAGAUGAUCCAUUUUUAUUAUUACAUCGUUUAAGUAAAUAUUAUAACACUGAAAUAAUAAAAAAUAAUUUACACGCAAAAAAAUUAUAUACAUUUCGAAUGAUUUUGUGUUAUGAAUAUCAACUUAUAUUUCAUACAACAAAUAAGUAUGUUAGAAUAAUUCCAAAUGAUUUAUGUUUUAAAACAAUAGAAAAUAUUUUAUUUGUAAAAGAUAAAUUACAAAAUUUUUUUGAACAUCCAAUUUUAUAUGAUAUUAUAAUUUUACAAUUAACGCUUUACUGUAAUUCACAAUGUAUUGAGCAACACAUGAUAAAUUUUCGCAAAUCGAAUGUUAAUAGCUUAAAUAAUAAUGAAAGCAAAAUUUUAUAUUUGAAAAUAUUAGAAUGUUUUUUAGAAUCGUUACAAUUAAAAAAAUAUUUAUAUAAUGAUUUGGAAUCAAAUCUAUUGAAACGUUUUAAUUCUCUAUAUCUAAAAGAUAUGAUGUUAUGGUUACAAAUAAAAGAAAAUAAAGAAUGGCAAUUAUUUGCUUCAAUUUUGCCAAAAUUAAUAAAUACUUUUGGUUAUGAAGAUAUUUUACCACCUAUGUGGAAUUAUAUUUUAAAUAAAAUGGAUGAUUUAAAAGAUUUAUUAAGUGCACUCAGUAUUUUAAUAGAUACAUGUUUUUCUGUAAAUUUAAAAAAUAUUAGUUUUAUACAUUAUGACAUAUUUUAUAUAGAAAAAUUAUGGUUGUUAUUAUUACAAAGUUUAAAAUCUCCAAUACAACAAUAUCGAAAACAAGCAUUAUUUAUAAUGAAACGAAUAAUUGAUUUCAUAAGUACUAUAAAUGAAAAUGAUUUGAAAUCAAAAAAACAUAAAAUUAUUCCUUUUAUAUGCCAUCAAUCAAUUAAAACAAAAAUAUCAAUAGAUGACAUUAAACAAAAUUACUUUUUGAUAUUAGAAGCUUUAGAAGAAAAACAUCAUCAUUUAAUAUUACCCGCACUAACUUAUUUACCAAUAUUGAUAAAAGGAAACAAAGAACAUACUGUAUGUAACAAUUGCUUUGACAAUAUUUGGUUACAAUUAAUUUUUGAGAGAAUAUUAUUGCAUGAAAAUAAUACCAUAGUAAAACAAGGUAUAUUAUAUAUUUGUAAUUCACCUAUCUUUUUGUAUGACAAUCAAUUUUUAAAAUUAUUUAUACAUGUUUUAAACAAUACAUAUUUAUAUGAAUGUCAAACUUAUCAACAAGAACCAGAAAUAUUAAAUGAUAUUAUAAAAUUAUUUAUACAUGUAAAAACUGAACAAAUUGAAUUUCUUAAUAAAGUUUUUAAAAUAAUGAAUGAAGAAACAUGGGCUCCAAUACCAAUAUUUUAUAUGUUGAAAGUUUUAAGAAUAGUAUCAAGUAAAGUAUCAAAUUAUUGGGAAGAUAAUCAAUUAAAUUUAAUUAAAUCUUUGAUUCAGAAAAAUUUAAGUAUGCACUCAUAUAUAUUAAAGAUUGCAUCUCAAAUUGAACUUUUAAACAUAAUAUUCCUUUCUGUUAAAAAAAUUAAUGAUUUAAAAAUUGUAAUGAAUAUGUUAUUAGAAUUUUCUUUAGAAGAAACAUUUAUAAAAAAUUCAUUUCUAUGGGAUGAUAUAAUAAGAUGGCUGAAAAAAAUAUUGAUAAAAGCAGAUGUAAUAAAUUUCAUUAAAUUUAUUUGUGAAGAAUAUACGUAUAAAAAUUUGCAUCCCAAAUUCAAUCCUGCUAAAUUUGCUAUUAUUAUUAUUAUGUUUUAUGAUGCAAAUCUAAUAGUAGAACAGAAAACAUGUCCUAUAAAGGAAAUACUUAAUAAUUGGCUAUUAUCACUUAAGAGAAUAGAUAUAAGACCUUAUGCAAAUAUUAUACAUAUUUUCUAUAUUGUAGAAUUUAUGUCACAUUUACUUAAUUUAAAUAUCACAAAAAAUCAUAAAAAUAUCAAACAAUUAUUGUCUUUAUAUAUUAAUGAUGCAUUAAAAUUUUUACUUAAAAAUAGUAGAAGCAUACCAUAUAAGUUCAAUUAUGAAGAAAUGAACAGAUAUCUUACUACAAUUAUUUUAAUUCUUAACAAUGGAUAUUUACUUUUAACAGAAAAAGAAAUUUUAUAUUAUGUUGAGAAAUUCAAAAAUGAAAGCAUAUUUAUCAUUCAAAAUAUAAAACAAUAUACAAAUAUGCAUUAUUUAUAUGCAUUAUAUAUUUUACAUUAUACACAAAAUAUUUUGUGUGCAAAUUAUGCAUCAUUUUACAUUCAACCAUUAAUAGAUAUUUGUGAUAUUCGUAUAUUUAAUAAUGAUGAAAGUCAAAUAAAAUUUAAAGGAAAAAUAGCAUCAGAUUGUUAUAUAUUACUUGCAAAACUUAUAAAUCAAUUUUUAUCAAAAGUGGAAAUAGAAAUGUGGCCUCAGAAAAUUGAUUGGAAUAAAAGUAUUUCCUAUUUAUUUGAAAUGGGAGGAAAUGAAAUUGUUCCAGAAAUAGCAUUAAUAUUGAAAACAAUGGUUAAUAAAGGAGCAAUACAAAAUUUAAAAAAUACAUUAAAUUUAGAAUCUAUUUUUACUGAUUGUUGGAAGACCACAUUAUUAAGUACAAAGAACAAAACUUACUUUCUGGCAAUAGAAAAUCUUGUAGGAGUUAUUAUAAAUAAUAAUUUUUUAAUACUACCCAAUAUUAAAAAUUUUGCAAACAAUUUUAUCAACCAAUUACUUGAAGAAAGUAAUAAUGUAUCAAAAUUAAAAAAAAUUUUAUUAAAUGAAAUGAAAUUAUUAAAUACAUAUUGUUUAAAAAAUUUGCAAGAACCACUAUUAGCAUGUCUACUUCAUGGACCUGUACUUCGAAAAGACAAACAAAUAGAAAAUCAAGUUUAUUUAUAUAUUAUAAAAAAUUAUCAAAAUUGUUAUCCACAACAUAUACAAAUAAUAGAUUAUAAUAUCAGAGCAACUUCUGUUAUUCUGUUACAUAAAAUAAUUAAUGAAGAUAAAGAAUUUGCAUCAAUAUUUCUUCCAAUUAUUUUACAAAAAUUAGAAAAAUAUAAAAAUAAACGAUAUUUUAAUUAUUCGUAUAUACAUAAAAUAAAACACAGAAUUAUGCAAAUUUUGUUAAUAAUGCAGCCAAUUUUAACAAAGGAUGACAUUAUAACAUUACAAGAAUUUCUUUUAAAUUUAUUACUUUUGGAAAGUAAUCAACAUAGUGUUAGAAUAAUGCAAGAGUGGAUAUUAAUAAAAAUUUUUGUAGAAAAUGUGGAAUUUCAUCAUAAAAUCUGGGAAUUUUUUGAAAAGGGUAUUACAAUACGUCCAGGAUGUGUUAGUUCCAUAAUAUGUAUUGUCUAUCAUAUUUCUAAACUUCUUUCUAAAGAUUCUCAAAGCAAUUUUAUUUUAACAGCAUUGAAUUAUAUUGGCCGUUGUUGUUUAGGACAACAAUAUAAUAUGCGUCUUUAUGCUCAGAUUAUUUUUGUAAAAUUGUAUAAAAUGUUAGAACAAUUAAAUCCUGAUCAUGUUAUAUUACAAUAUGAAGGAUUAUAUAAUGCUGCAAUUACAAGUUUAAAAGAUGGAUUAAUAAGAAAUUCAAGCAAAAUUGAGAAUGAUUUUUAUCUUUCUACAUUUCAUCCUAUAUUGGAUUAUACCUUACAAACAAUUUAUCUUGAAUUACCUCGAUUGACUGAUAUGGAUGCAAGUGAAUGGAUAAUUCCAAAUUUCUUUACAAUUUUGAAUUUCAAAAAAUUUAAUGGUCAUGCACUUCAACUAUAUAAUUUAAAUAAAUCAUUAUCUGAUAUUAAAACAUCAUCAUAUUUAAUAAAACGAUCAGGUGAUACAGAACCAUUCAUAAAAAAAUGUAAUAUGGACUUUGAAGAAUUAAGUGAUAUUCAAAAAAAAAUUAAUCCUAUAAUGACUAUCAAUUUAUCAAAUAAUGAUAUUUUUCCAACAAUCAGAGAAUCUAUUUCUCAUAAAAAAACAUCGGAUGAAGAAAGUCUUAUAGUUGUAGCAUGUCUUCUUAGUCGUAUUCCAAAUUUAGGGGGACUUGCUCGUACUUGUGAAAUUUUUAAUGUCAAAGAAUUAGUUAUUGCUAAUUUGAAUCAAGUCAAAGAUAAAGAAUUUCAAAAUCUUAGUGUAUCAGCUGAAAAUUGGAUAACUAUUACAGAGAUAAAACCAUAUGAAUUAUGUAAAUAUCUGUUAGAUAAAAAGGAUAUGGGAUGGUCUUUAGUAGGAGUAGAACAAACAGCUAAUAGUAUAAAUUUAUUAAAUAUGAAAUUUGAAAAAAAAACAAUUCUUGUUUUAGGAAAUGAAAAAAAUGGAAUUCCUGCAAAUUUGAUACCUUUGUUUGAUACUUGUAUAGAAAUACCACAAGCUGGUGUAAUUCGAUCAUUAAAUGUUCAUGUUAGUGGAGCAAUAUGUAUAUGGCAAUAUGCAAAACAAUAUAUAUUAACAUAGCCUUAUUUUUUAUCAUAAUAAAUAAUUGUCCAAUAUUA